AUGUCAGAACUUCCUGCCAGCAACCGUUCUGUAAACGGGGGAGAAGAAAGUGAUCCACGAAUAACACGUCUCAUAAGAGUAGAAGCAGCUCGUUCUGCCAACGGUCUCCUUCCUCAUCUGUCUGCUAGGGAGAACAUGCUGGAUGAACCAAGCCGGUUUGAGGACUUUUGCUCAUGUUUAGAGUAUCUGUCAACUCACCAUGACGAGCGCACCAUUGAUAUGAUGAGUGGCUGCUCAGUUCUGGCCGGAUCCUUAUGCUAUCUGCGGCCUGGAACUCUAGACCAAAAAGCACUGGAGUUUACCCCAUGUCAUAUCCAGGAAGACAGACACCACCAAACCAAUGGUUAUGUCAGCAUAUAUUUGAUACCAGCAAGCCGGGGAGAGGGAAGUGGCACUACGUGGCGCACUGUUUUAAACAUGUCAGGGACACAGCCGGAGUCAGACCCUUCCGGGGCUGCACAGACUUAA